ACGAAACAAAAGGCCGAUUGAUAUUCUAUUUGAAUUUUUUGCAGAGCUUGUUAACAAUGAAAGAGCCAAUAAUUUAAAAUCUCAACUACAACAGGCUACAAGUUAUUCACGAAUGUUAAUCAAUAGAUAAAAGUUUUACUAAUCAACAAGUUUUUGUUUCUCAUAAAUCUUGAUAAGAUGCAUGGUGUUAAUAUUUUGAGGUUAUACCGUUAUCACCGCAAAAUAUUAUUUCGAGAAAAAAAUGUCAAUAGACUUUACUCUUCCGAAACUAAGAAUAAAUUUAGAAAUAUAUUAAAAUUGCAUGAGAGAGGAAUGUUUGAUGAAAUUUUUCCAGAUACAAGUGCGAAUGAUGUUACCAAGAUUUUGAAUUGUUCGCCACAGUGUGUUUAUGCAGGAUUCGAUCCAACAGCUAGUAGCCUUCACGUUGGAAAUUUAUUAAUUUUAAUAAAUUUAUUGCAUUGGCAAAGAGGAGGACAUCGCGUUAUUAUUGUACUAGGUGGUGCAACUGGAUUAAUAGGUGAUCCAAGUCAUCGUGAAUACGAACGAAUGGCCAUGGAAGAAUACACAGUAAAUGAAAAUAUUAAAUCUAUUAAGAAGACAAUUAUGGAAAUCUUUGAUAAUCAUGAAAGAUAUUUUUGGAAAGAUUAUAAAUUUCCCCUUGCACCCAUAAAAAUAGAAAAUAACAAUGAUUGGUACAACAAGACUACUGUUAUCGAAUUUGUCAAGAAUAUUGGACAGCAGUUCAGAAUGGGGACAAUGUUAAACAAAACUUCUGUCCAAGGUCGGCUCAAAUCAGAAACUGGAAUGAGUUUUACAGAAUUUACCUAUCAAAUUUUUCAAGCUUACGACUGGUUGUAUUUAUUUCAAAAAUAUAAAUGCCAAUUUCAAAUUGGUGGGAGCGAUCAGUUAGGAAACAUUUCAGCUGGACACGAAUUAAUCUCUAGAGUAACGAAAAAAAAUGUCUUUGGCUUCACGUUGCCUUUAAUAACUGGAGAAGGUGGAAAGAAGUUUGGAAAAUCACUUAAAAAUGCUGUUUGGCUGUCAUCGCGUAAAUCGUCAAGUUUUCAGUUAUAUCAGUUUUUCAUAAGAACCAAUGAUUCUGACGUUGAGGCUUAUCUAAAACUCUUUACCUUCUUACCUCUCCCACAAAUUGAUCAAAUAAUUCAAGAACACAGGACACAUCCAGAGCAAAGAAAAGCGCAACAUAUAUUAGCGGAACAUGUCACGACAUUGGUACACGGAGAAGAAGGAUUAUCAGCAGCCAAAAAUGCCUCCCUUCUCUUAUAUGAUUCAUCCAUCGAAUCAUUAUCGUCAAUGACUACAGAACAAUUGUUGUGUGUUUUUGAAAAUACCCAAAUUACUCAUUUAAUUCCUGAUGAAAAUAUGAGUGUUUUUGAUCUUGCUAUGAAGGCAAAGUGUUUCAAAAAUGAAAGUGACGCCGCCAGAAUAAUUAAUGCUGGUGGAUUUUAUAUAAAUUAUGAAAAAGUUACGGAUGUUAAUGAGAUCAUUCAUCCUGAUAAAUAUAUAUUACCAAAUAAUAUAACACUUCUAAGGACUGGAAAAAAAACUUAUCAUAUAGUACAAUGGAUGGAGUUAAAGAAAGAUGCAAAUUUGGUGUAAUAUAAAAUUAUUUACAAUUUGCAAUUAAAUGAAAGUAUUUUAUAAAAUUA